UGAUACUCUGAAUCGUACGUAGUUCAGAGCAAAAGGGCUCGAAAAAAAUUGAAACUUUUUCGUAAUUUCGAUCGGUAUUUUUUUUUUUAAUUUGGGUGAUGCAGUCCCUACUUCGAAACAAAAAAGAUACUAUCUCUAUCUCUCCUUCUCACUUCAAUUUAUGUCUCCCUCUUAUUGCGUAGUAUGUAUGCUCUUUGCUUUUCAGAGAUUACUUGAGUUGCUGCUUCAAAGUUUGAUCUCUGUCUCUCUACUCUCUACUUUAUUUUCCUGAUCUCUUUUAUGGGUUUUAAAUUUUUAAUUGAAUUUUACUUAUCUGUGUGUUUCUCUCUCCAUGAGCUGCAAUGGUUAGUUAGUUAGUUUCUGUUACUCUUGUCUUAUCUCCAAUCAAGUGGUGAAUAAAAAGUUUGGUCCCCCUAAAGUUUUUUUUUCUUUUUUCUUUUGGAGUGGACCUUAGUGAUAGAGACGACUUUUGACUUGGACGAAAUCAUUCAUUCACGAAUAUGACUAACAAAAGUCCAAGUCUUCUUUUUGGCUAGAUGUGAUCUCCUAACCAUCACAGUUCUUAAUUGUGAAUUAAGCUUCCUUGGUUGCAUUUUGAAUCUGUCUUUGUGUAAGUGCAGGAUGGGGGGUUGUGUGUCUUUCCAACUAUCUUGCGAUCAAGUAUUGAACCGUGCCGGUAGCUGCUUUUGUGGCAGAGGUAAUUAUAUUCGUAACCUUGAGAAGAAUUUGGUGGCCCUUGAGAAAUCCAUGGAAGUACUUAAGGCAAGGCGAGAAGAUGUGUUAAGAAGGGUGCUGAGGGAAGAGGGCAAAGGUCUUCAAAGGCUUAACGAAGUCCAGGUAUGGCUUACGAGUGUUCAGACCAUCGAGAACCAUUUUGAUGAUUUAAGUAGUUGUAAAACCGUUGAACUUCAAAGGUUGUGUCUUUUCGGUGUUUGUUCAAACAACUUAACAUCUAGCUUUCGUUACGGGAGAAGGGUAUUUCUGAUGUUGAAAGAGAUUGAGAGUAUCAAAUCUGAUGGAGUCUUUGAAGUUGUGGCUGAUUCAGUAGUGGCAGAUGUGGUGGAGGAAAGACCUCUGCAACCAAUAAUUUUUGGUCGAGAAACAAUGCUCGAAAGGGCAUGGAACCGUCUCAUGGAUGAUGAGACUGGUAUCAUGGGUCUCUACGGGAUGGGAGGAGUAGGAAAAACAACUCUUCUCGCACAGAUCAACAAUAAGUUUUGUGGCGUAAGUGUUGGGGUUGAUAUUGUCAUUUGGAUUGUGGUGUCCAGCGAUCUUCGAGUUGAGAAGAUUCAAGAUGAGAUUGCUGAGAAGUUAGGCCUUGGUGGAGGGGGUUGGAACCAAAAAGAGAAAAGACAGAAGGUCACUGAUAUACACACUCUUAUGAAGAAUAAGAAAUUUGUGUUGUUAUUGGAUGACAUUUGGAGAAAAGUGGAUUUAACAGAAAUUGGAGUCCCAUUUCCUACAAGAGAAAAUGGAUGCAAAGUAGUAUUCACCACUCGUUCUAGGGAAGUAUGCGGUCACAUGGGGGUUGAUGAUCCAAUGGAAGUUGAGUGUCUAGCAAAGGAUGACUCGUGGGAUUUGUUCAAGAAAAAGGUUGGACAACUCACGCUUAAAAGCCAUCCAGACAUACCUGAGCAAGCAAGAAAAGUUGCCGAAAAAUGUUGUGGCCUACCACUGGCGCUCAAUGGCAUUGGCGAGACCAUGUCAUGCAAGAGGACUAUACAAGAAUGGCACCAUGCGGUUCAGGUUCUGAAUUCGUAUGCUGCAGAUUUUUCUGGCAUGGAUGACCAAAUCCUUCCUAUUCUAAAGUAUAGCUACGACAGUUUGAAGGGUGACCAGAUUAAGUAUUGCAGGUGAAUUCUUUAUGUGUAUGCCAAAGCUAGUUGUUUUGGAUCUGUCUAAGAACUUGCGUCUUGAUGGAUUGCCGGAUGAGAUAUCAGAGUUGGUCUCCUUGAAGUAUCUUGAUUUAUCAAGAACAUUGAUCGUGCGACUACCUGCUUGUCUCCAAAAAUUAAAGAAACUAAUGCAUCUGUAUCUAGAGGGUACAACAAGUCUUCGGAGCAUCGAUGGGAUAUCAAAUUUGUCGCGCUUAAGAACAUUAACGUUACGUUAUUGCAAUAAACUCUUGUUUGACGGAAGGUUGAAGGAGUUGCUUCUCUUGAAACGCUUAGAAGUUCUAACCAUUGAGAUCAAGUCAAGAUAUGUUUUAAAGACACUGUUUUCCUCUGGCAUGUUGUGGAGAUGUAUUCAAAAGGUAGUUAUCAAAGACAUUUGGGACGAAUCUAUUGAAUUAUUGACUUUUCCGACUAAUCUCCGUAGCCCCAGUGGUCCAUACUUCCCAAACCUCUCAUAUGUGUCUAUAGAAAGGUGUUUUGGUCUAAAGAUUUGACUUGGUUGUUGUUCGCUCCAAACCUUUUACAUUUAGAAGUGAAGAGUUUAGGGAGACUAGAAGAAGUAGUGAGCAAAGAGAAAACUGAUAAGCAGCAGCAGCUACAGGGUAUUGUUCCAUUUCGAAAACUAGAAACUCUAGUGAUGCUUGACUUACCAGUGGUGGAGAGCAUCUACUGGACUCCCCUGCUGUUUCCAUGUCUGAGGGAAAUGUACAUAGAACUAUGUCCCAAACUGGGGAAGCUUCCGCUUGAUUCUAAAAGCGUAGCUGAAGUUAAAGGGUUUGUCAUAAAAUGUGAAGCUACAGAUUGGAUUGAAGGGAUUGAGUGGGAGGAUGAAGCCACAAGACUCCGUUUCUUGCCGACACGCAAAAUGGUAUACCUCCCUUCCUCCUUUGCUUUCACACAAGACUCCGUUUCUUGCCGACACGCAAAAAGAGAGAUGUAUUGUUUAGGCCGGGCGUUGGAUUAGAUGAACUACCAAAAGUCAAGAACUAGAGAGCUAUGCAAUAGGAUGUCAUUGAACUUAUAACUCUGUUCCUUCAGAAAAACUACAAGUUGGUAUGACAUUUGAAACUGGUAAGGGCGAGGAGACUUGAGAGCAUUUUCAGGGAUAUCAUAUUUGUCAAGUUUGAGAACAUUGAGAUUUGAGACUAGGGGAUUCAAAAACAACACUUGUAUAUGAGCCAAAUAAUGAAAGAGCUACAGCUCUUAGAACAGAGAUACAACUCAUGAUUUCUUUUUC